AUGAGCUAGCCCCUCUGCAGGCAGUCGGUCGACUGUCGCUGACGUCACACAUUUGACAUUCGCAUGGAGCGUGAUAUCAGGAGCUCGUAGUUAUGACUUUCCCAAAUCUUUCAAGAUCCUUAACUGGCCUCAUCGCAGGCUCAUCUCCUGUUUUCCAUCACAGGGCAUUCAGUGUUACUGCUGUUGCAGCAGCCAUUCAAAAGAUGACAAGAGUCCGUGUAGUGGACAACAGCUCUCUUGGAAAUACACCACAUCACCGUCCUCCAAGAGUCAUCCAUGUCUACACCAAGAACGGUGUUGGAAAGGUUGGUGACACAGUGUUGCUUGCCAUCAAAGGACAGAAGAAGAAGGCGCUCAUCGUUGGACACAAAAUGCCUGGAGAUCGCAUGACUCCACGCUUUGAUUCAAAUAAUGUUGUUCUUAUUGAAAACAAUGGAAAUCCUACAGGGACAAGAAUAAAGGUUCCUAUACCCACACAUCUACGGAAACUGGAGGGAGAUUACUCUAAAGUGUUAGCAAUUGCCUGUUCGUUUGUUUAACUGCUGUGAUCUUUUGAAAUGUCAGUCAUACCCUGUAUAUUUUGUUUUCACUGGAAGGUAUUUGUUUUUCAUCAGUAAACUUUAAAAUAAGCCAA